UGUGGCUGCGUUCUCUAUUUCAGGCUAUGCCUGGGCCAGCUGGCGUAAUCGUUACAAACCAUUUAACCCUGUUCUAGGGGAAACGUAUGAGAAUGUGCGGGAGGAUCAUGGUUUCCGUUAUAUUGCAGAGCAGGUCAGUCAUCACCCACCUCUGUCUGCCUGCCAUGCAGAGUCUGAUAACUUCAGCUUUUGGCAAGACCAGAGAUGGAAAAAUAAGUUCUGGGGGAAGUCAGUGGAAAUCGUUUCAACCGGAAUGGUUAAUGUCACUCUGCCAAACUACGGUGAUCAUUAUGAGUGGAAUAAAGCAGUCACUUGCAUCCACAAUGUGUUCAGUCAACAGAGAUCGCUCGAGCACUACGGUGACAUAGUCAUUCGUAAUCUCAACAACAAUGAGUGCACCUGCAAGAUCACAUUUGUCAAAUCGCGGUACUGGGGUGAUGAAAACAGCAAGAAUGAAGUGCAGGGCACUGUCCUUGACCGUGCUGGCAGAGUGCUUCACCGCUUCGGGGGAUCAUGGCAUGAAGGCAUCUUCUGUGAUACACUUCCCAACCCACAAUGCAUUUGGAAGCCCAAUCCUCAACCAGAUGAUUACUUUGACUACUAUGGCUUCUCCCAGUAUGCCAGAGAGCUCAAUGAACUGACGCCUGAUAUAAAGAAUAAAUUGCCCCCGACAGACACUCGUUUCCGUCCAGACCAAAGGCUUCUUGAAGAUGGCAAAGUGGAAGAAGCCGAUAAACGUAAGGAUGAAAUAGAGGAGAAACAACGUGAAAGACGGAAGGCAAUGACCAAGAAGGGUGAAGAGCAUGUUCCACGUUUCUUUGUAAAAACCAUAGAUCACGCUGGAAGAGAGGUGUGGGUGACAAAUGGAACUUAUUGGAAGAUUCGAGAAAAUCCAGGAUUUGCCAGCACUGAAAAUCUGGAUUUGUGGUGUUGAUGGAAUUGAAGUCCUGCGAUUUGUGACAUCCCAGUAUUCUGUUAGCGAAACUCAUGAAUUUUGGCAUGUCAGUAUGGUUAGUGUAUGUAUAUAAUUAUAUUUUAUAUAACUGUUGUGAAUUUUAGAACAAGCAAAAGACUUCACAGGCAAUGUAGGAAUGGAGUUUUGGUGCUUUUUAAUCUAAAUAGUGAUAUUCCUAAAGCCAUACAUCUCUCAUUUUUAGUGAUGAUUUAAAAAUAGGUUUGUGUUAAUCAAAAAUACUUGUCUUAAAAAUAUAGAUGUCUUAAAAAUAUACUUUUUUUUGUUUUUAAAUAUUUUUUUUAUUGAAAGAUGAGGCCUAAUGUCAGGGAUUUAGGGACCUCCCAGACAGUAAUGGACUGUGGGACAUUACACUAAGGGACAUGUACUGAUCAUAUAUUAAUAUCCAUCUUAGCUAACUAUAGUGAUUUAGUACAGAAUGUUUCCCAUUCCAAUAGACCUUAAUGUGUAAAUAAUGCAUGUCUAUACUGUUUGCUGUAAGUUGUUUUUUUAACGGAUGGAUUUAAUUAUUUCUGAUAGAAAAUCUUGCAUGAUCUCACUGUAUAAAAUACUUUUUCAUUGUUAAUUUGAGGAAUUACCUAGCACAAUGACAUUUUCAGUAGAUCUGGUUGAAAAUCCAAAAAGAAAUAUUUUGGUGAAAAGUGUAAUCGGGUUGUGUGCAAUUUCUUGUAUGAAUGCAUUUCCAAUCAGAUGAGACUUGAAUAAAUAUUAAAUUUGAA